CUUUUACAAUAUAUAUAAAAGGUAUAAAAAGUACUAAAUAUAUAAAAAGUAUAAAAGAUACAAAGGGUGCAAAAGAUAUAAAAGGUAUAAAAGAUAUAAAAAGUACAAAAGGUAUAAAAGAUACAAAAG